CAGAACCCCUGUCCCUGUGAGACCCCACCACCAGGCUAAAGAAGCUCAGAGCCCACAGAACCCAGGACUCAGGUCAGGCCUUGCGGGCUGACAUCCAGAACUCCUUGCCCAGACAGUUACCCGCCAGUUCCAGAGCCUGAGCAGGCCUCAGCCACAGGCCCAGCCUCCCGAGGGUGGACGACAUCACCAGCGUGAACAACUCUGGGUCUGAAGGCGGCAACAAGGUGGCUAUUGAAUUAGAAAUGAUUGCUCAGAGAGGUUAAGCAACUCACUCGAGGCCACCCAGCUGUGAGGGUGAAGCAGAUCUUCCCACUUGGGUCCCAGCUCUCCUCCCUCCCGCUUACUCACCCCACCCUAACUGACAGAGGGGCCCAAGGAAGACACACUCCUGCCCCGUCUCAGCAGGGCCUGGGGGGCAAUGUCCCUCAUCCCAUGGCUCCGAUGGAAUGAGGCCCCCCCACGGCUGUCGUCCCGGAGCCCGGCGGAGAUGGUGCUGGAGACCCUCAUGAUGGAGCUGGCGGGGCAGAUGCGAGAGGCUGAGCGGCAGCAGCGGGAGCGCAGCAAUGCGGUCAGGAAGAUCUGCACCGGGGUAGACUACAGCUGGCUGGCCAGUGCGCCCCGGCCCGCCUACGACCUCAGCCCUGGGGAGCGGCUGCAGCUAGAGGGUGUCUGCGCCAAGAUCCACCCAUCCUACUGUGGGCCGGCCAUCCUCAGGUUCCGGCAACUGAUGGCGGAGCUCGAGCCCGAGGUGCAGGAGGUGGCCCGGCUCUUCCGCUCGGUGCUGCAGGAAGUCCUGGAGAGGAUGAAGCAGGAGGAGGAGGCCCACAAGUUGACGCGGCAGUGGAGCCUGCGGCCCCGCGGCAGCCUGGGCACCUUCAAGACGCGCGCGCGCAUCUCCCCCUUCGCCAGUGACAUCCGGACCAUCUCGGAGGACGUGGAGCGGGACACGCCGCCGCCGCCCCGGGCCUGGAGCAUGCCCGAGUUCCGGGCGCCCAAAGAGGACUGAGCCCCCCUCCCCUGCCCAGGAGCCGAGCCACCUGUGGGAGGGCAUGAUAGGCCGGUGACGGGUCCCCGGUCCUGGAACCUCCCCCCUCGACCCUGAUGAGGAGACCGCAGAGGCGGCCCCCUCCCACGCCACUUCUGUAAGAUGGAGCAACCCCUCUCCACCCACCCUCUCCCACUUGCCACCAGGCCCAGAGUCAGGGCUUGGAGAU